UAAUCUUACGAACGCACAUAUCAAGUAUGGCGGUCGCUUUCAAUUCGUUCGACGAAGCAGAGGAAUAUAUCCGUCUUCACGAGUCAAGAACCAAGAUUUUUCAUCACUUGCAAAAGCUCCCAUCAAAUUUGAUGUCCGACAGGGUCUUAAAAUUCCUUUCUCCAAAGUUCCAUUUGUCAACAUUGCCCGGGAAGCAAGGGAGUGCCACUAUGGACCUGGCAGAAUAUACUGAACCGGAUGACCCAAACCGAAAGAGAAGAAGAUUAAGAAGGAUAAAGAAAAUGGGAUGUCCAGCCAUCAUCAAGAUUAAAACUGUCAUCUACCUCCCAAGAUUUAAGGUUUCUGAUCCAGUAACAAAAUACAAAAUCCGACUGGCAGUCAAUGAAAUGCGUACUCAGGAAGUGAGACCAGAAGACAAGCAGAUGGUGUUUGUACUGUUCUGUAACAAGCACCAAAACCACCCUGGAUUGAAGUACACUCUGCCUCAGUAAGUCAGGGUGAUAUUCAUGAUUUGGUACCAGAGCCGAUAAAUGAAGAAAUAGUACCAGCUGACUGCAGCAUUGAGUCAUGGUUGAAUUCCUGUAAGCUUAGCAAGCAUGUAAAGUCAUUCCACGACAGAGGUUACUACUUUGCCCGACAGCUCGGACAUAUCACCUUGGACGUGAGAAUGCUUCGGCCAUUUGAUAAAGAGCUAUUUGACUUAUCCUAAAUUAAUACACAUGGGCCUCACUCUGGGAAAAUGGGGCUAAACACAUAUAAGUAAAGAGUCACCCAUAUAAGCCAGUGCAGUGCGCACAAGCUAAUCAAAGAUGACAUUUUCUGUAGACUGGAUUUUGUUUAGAAGAGACUUGAUUUAAACCAAAAAUUUGAUAAAAGCGGAAAGGCUUGUCCCUGGUUAGCCUAUGGGGACUGCACAGGCUGAUCUAGGAUGACACUUUAUGCACAUGCAUAAAGCUCUAUUUUCCCAGAGCAAGACUCAAAUACAACUUCAGUGAGACAUUGAACUUAAAAUUUAAACUCUUUCGAACCAGAUAAAUGCAAAGUAUUUCAUCAGAGGGGAUAAUCAUGUGAUUAUCAAGAUAGUGACAGGCAUUUUUCGCCGUUUUUUACACUAUUUUUGUAUUAAGUUAUUAAAUUCCGCUCACUUUCCAGCCAUUAUUAGCAAAAAAGUUACUGACGUUUAUUUCAUGGUUAUAUUCGCUCUAUAUCUAGACUUUACCUGCAGCAACAUUUCUUAGCGGGAUGACCUUAUUAGGGCUCAACUAAAAAAAUUUACGGGAGGUAAGUCGAGAUAAAAAAGAAAAUUUAAAUACAAAAUAAACGCUUAUCACCUUUUUACUGAUAUGGCCGGAAAGUGAGCGUCAUUAAAAAAAAAUAAAGUAAUAAAGGGUAUAAAAAUAACUGUCUCUUCAUGGACGUCGCCAUCUUGACUAUCACGUGACUACCCCCUCUGUCAAAGAGGAGAUAACUCCUUUGUAACUUACUGAUUCUAUGUAAAUCCUGUAGCAACUCUGAAUUUUGUUUCUUUCCCCUUAAUCUGUUUGUCGUGGUUAUGAUAGAAAAUAUCAAAAUGUUGUUACAAUUAUGAUAUAGUUCAUAAAACAAGAGGAACAUUAAGUCAAAUUUUACUGAUAAUUUAGUUCAGCUAGGAUAUGUCUGAACUAAUUGUAUCAAUAUGGCAUGUCAUAAAAAUGAAGGGCAAUGUCUUUAUAUGCUCCCCCAAAUUUUUUUGGGGGAGCAUAUAGUCGCAGCUUCGUCUGUCCGUCCGUCCGUGUGUCUGUGCGUCCGUCCGUCCGUCUUUUUUCUGUCUGUCUGUCUGCCUCUCUGCCUGUCUGCGUGUCUGCCUAUCUGCGAGUCUGUUUGUCUGUGUGUCUGUGUAUCUGUGUGUCUGGGUGACUGUCUCUUGUCCUUAUGAUGAUAUGGCAAAUUAACAAUUAACAACACUGGUGAUUUGUUUCAUUUUUCUAUCCACAACAGAUGAUUCCAGCGUAAUACCAAAAAAUCUGGGGUGAACACAAUUUUCAUUAAAACUGCAGCAUAUGUCCUUAUGUAUUGCGUUUAUUUCUGUGUAAAUUAUUCUCUGACAUCGACACACACACAUAUAUAUAUAUAUUACCUACAUAACCAAUUAACAACUUAAGACUUUGAGCUACCACUGACGCUUGCAACUUAAAGCCACACACCUUGAAAUAAAAGUAAAUUUAAGUAUAAAGAAGAAACAUAUUUGAUCUAUGCCAAUUAGAAUAUAUCUGGUGGUAACAAGGUAGAAAUCCGUCUUUUUUUGCGCUUUAAAACUUAAAAAUAAUUAGCGUUUGUUGAAAUGGACGUAUAUGUCUAGAAAUUAACAUUCGGUUUUAAAGCGGUAUCGUUUGAAAAAUAAUAAAUUACUUUCUUACUAGGCAAUAGAUUUAAUUUUAUCUAUGCCAAUUAGAGUAUAUCUGGUGGUUACAAGGUAGAAAUCCGUCUUGUUUGCGCUUUAAAACUUAAAAAUAAUCGCGUUUGUCGAAAUGGACGUAUACAUAUAGAAAUCCUACUUUCGGUUUAAAAAAAUAAAAUAAAUUACUUGCUAACUAGCCUAUAGAUUUAAUGACAAUUUUUGCGCACUUAUAUGUAUUGAUUUACAUGUAUUUCAUUUCAAGGUGUAUGGCUUUAUCUUCAUUUGGCGCCAAGUGGCUAUUGUGUAUUUAUAGAUUUAAACUAAAGAAAGAGAAGAUCCAAAAUCCAGCUGAAACGGAUGAGUCACAGCCGAAUACAUAUUACUUUUAAUGACGCAUGUAGGUAAUCUAAAGUGCAUAUUUUUGUUAAAGUGCUAUUCAGAAUAUGUGUCUAGUUCUUAAUGAAAAUUGAGACGAUAUUUUUGAUACAAUUUAACGUCCAAUACUUUAUGUAGAUAAACUCGUUAUAAAUUUUGGCUUUUGAAAACCAUUAUUAUUUUGCCUUUUUACAUUGUAUGGCGAUGAUCUUGAUAUAUCAUUACACGUUUCUAUGUAUCUAACGUUUUGUUUUAAUUUUAUAUCAAACGCGACUUGUAGUUGAUACUCGUUUUGGUUUCAUUUAAAAGUCUCUCCGACAUUAACAAUUCAACUGCUUUGGGUUGUGUCCAACAAUUACCAAGUUAAAUUGUAAUUAAAUUGAAAUAUAUUCUCUUCUAUUAUAAAUUUUGCUAUUUAAUUUGAAUGGUGAUGCUCUGAGGUUUUUCUGCAAAUAGUUCUGGGCUAAGUGUGUGUUUUGUUCUCCACAAAGCUCGUUGAAACCCCUAUGAGUUGUAUUUGAGAUUAUGUAUAGUCUCUUAUAACUCAAUUAUAAGUGGCAUUUGUGUACUGUGUUUUAAAGUUAUUUUAUAUAUGAUUAACUAGGUACAUGAUGAUGAGACUUUAAUAAACUAUCUUAUCUUA